AUGGAUUUUCUUAAAAGCGGUCUCAAAACAGUCCUCGGGGCUCCGGAGACUGGCCAACAACCAUCGGUGGCUGAAACGGUGGAACGUUUGGUAGAAAGAGCAAGUAACUCUACUCUACUAGAAGAUCGUAGAGAUGCUUGCCGGGCGUUGAAAGCUAUGUCGAGGAAGUAUAGGCUUGAAGUUGGUGCUCAAGGGUUGGAUACUUUGAGACAGAUUUUAGAAUUAGACAGAGCAGACAACGAAACUGUGAACUAUGCAUUGGACACUUUAAACAAUAUCGUGUCCCCGUCUCAGUUUGAGGAAGAAGAAGAUAAACCUCACAUACCAAUGAACAUCGGCGACCAGUUCACUGAAAUGUUCAUCAAAGACCCUCACAAUAUACAGUUAGUGUUAGAUCUCCUCGACGAAUAUGACUUCCGAGUUAGAUUGUCUGCGGUGCAACUUCUAGUGUCCGUACUCACAAACAGAACUAAGGACAUACAAGAGAUCAUUCUAGAUAAACCGAUGGGCGUCUCCAAAAUGAUGGACCUCUUGGCAGACACGAGGGAAGUUAUACGAAACGAAACACUGUUGUUGUUGAUUAAAUUGACGAAGGGCAAUGCGAAUAUACAGAAGAUUGUGGCCUUCGAGAAUGCCUUUGAUAGACUGUUCGAGAUCGUCUCCAGCGAAGGAUACUCAGAUGGAGGGAUCAUCGUGGAAGACUGUCUGUUGUUAAUGUUGAAUUUAUUAAAGAAUAACAGCAGUAAUAUUAAUUUUUUCAAAGAGGGUAGUUACAUACAGAAGAUGUUGCCGAUGUUCAACAUUCCAGAGAAUUCUGAGGAAGUUGGCUGGUCGUCGCAGAAGGUCGUCAACGUCCACUGUAUGCUGCAACUAGUGAGGACUUUGGUGUCACCGAGCAAUUCUAUCCAGAUUAUAUCGAGUUGUCAGAAAAUCAUGAAAAAUGUUGGUCUCUUGGACGCGUUAUGUAAUAUCCUCAUGGCGAGUGGAGUACCAGCGGAUAUACUUACGGAGACCAUCAAUACUGUGGGUGAAGUAGUCAGAGGUGAUGCUACUAACCAGGAGUUCAUUGGUAACGUCAUCGCACCCUCGUAUCCGCCGCGCCCGGCUAUUAUAGUGCUCUUGAUGUCUAUGGUCAAUGAGAAACAGCCUUUUGCAUUGAGAUGCGCCGUGCUGUACUGUUUCCAAUGUUAUCUAUAUCACAACGAGAUCAGCCAGUCUAACUUGGUCCAGACGUUACUACCCUCAUCUUCAGACGUGUCUAGUCUUACAAGCGGUCAAAUCCUAUGCGGGGGUCUAUUUUCAUCGGACGUGUUGUCCAACUGGUUUUCAGCGGUGGCCUUGAAGCACGCCCUCAUAGAUAACUUGACACAGAAGGAACAAGCGCUUAGAGUGUUACUAGCGACUAAUAUAGGCAGCACACCGGUAUCACUGCUGCAUCAAUGCACGCUAUUAUUGCAGCAAACUACUAAACUACAGUCCAAGGUAGCGUUGCUCAUGUUGCUGUCCACGUGGACGGCGGGCUGUCCCCCGGCCGUGGCAGCCUUCCUGGGGGCGCCGGGCGGGGUGCCGCUGCUGGUGCAUCACGCGGGCAGCAACGAACACGACGACAACGAGUGUCUGCUGCAAGGUCUGUCAGCCUUCCUUCUAGCCAUCUGUAUCCAUUUCAACGACGACUCCGUGGCCUCAUACAGCAGGGACGGCCUGAGGCAGCUGCUGGUGAAGAGGAUCGGCGUGGAGACGUUCGUGGCCAAGCUGAGCGACGUGAGCCGCCACGAGCUGUACAACAAGGCCGCCAAACACCCGCAGAUGAGAGCCGCCUCGCCCGCAGACCUGCUCCUCGACUACGAGUUCUGCAAGCUCUUCAAGAGUCUGGAAGGUCCCCUCAUAGAGAGCGUGUGUCAGACGCCGGGCCGCUCGUCCCCGGAGCCGCAGCUGGAGCAGUACAAGUCUCUGAUCCGUCAGCAGGACGCGCGCCUGCAGGAGCUCGUGCAGCAGCUGGAGACGGUCACGGCGCAUGCGCAACAACUACAGAGCGCUCUGAACGAUUCCCAAGCAGCCAACUCACUGCUUAGAGACGAGAACACAUUACUCAAGGCACAGGUAGGGAGCUCUGGUACUGACGGGACUCACGAACACGAGGAGAGGAUACGACAACUGACGGAGGAGGUGAGGAGGAUGAAGGAGGAGUUGGAGGGAGCGAGGAGGAGCCAGGAGAGGAGCCGCGAGGAGCUGGACAAGAUGAGGAGGGACCAGAACGACCUGCUGGAACUACUGGACGACCAGGAUGUGAAGUUAAACGAAUACAAAAUGAGAUUAAUAAAUCUGGGCCAAGCUGUGGAUGAAGACAAUGUUGUUGAACCCGAAGAUAACUUAAGUAGUGUAAAUAAUAAAAUAGUCGACGGAAAAGAUUACAUUGUGACCCCGCCUUUAUAA